AUGUUCUUAAAGUCUGUCAUUUGCUUAGUGGCCAUUGCCCAUUUGGCAGUAGGUAUUGAACUGAAAGCUGAACCCGACUAUGGACCAGUCGCCUAUGAGUUCCACUAUUCUGUGCACGAUCCUCACACUGGCGACAUCAAAAGCCAAAAGGAGAGCCGCAAAGAUGACAAAGUCGAGGGAUCGUAUGAACUGAUCGAUUCAGAUGGUCACCGCCGAUUGGUCACCUACAAGUCGGACGCUCACAGUGGCUUCGAAGCUGUUGUCAUCCGCGAGCCGACUAAUAUCAAGAUACCCGUACCGGAGCCCCACCACAAGAUCUUGACAGCUGCUAAAGUCAUUACCCCCAUUCAUCUCACUGCCAUUAAGCCUGCACCCUUGGUACAUUACGCCCCCAAGCCGGCACUCCUGAUCAAGCCCGUCGAAGGACAUGCUCCAUCACAUGGCAACUUUGUGUCAUUCUCCGGGCCAAAUCACAAAUACAAUUACUAGAAGAAUGGCAACUGACGAUGCUCCGUGACUAAUUUGCAAAUUGACGACAACCACAAUUCCGGCCUAACCCUCCAAACAGACCAUUACCAACCACUCUGUAUACCAUCGCAUCAUGUCCAAUCAUUUUCACAUCCACACAAAUUCAGCCAUACCUACAAUUUAAUAACAGAUUUAAAAAAAAAAACUGAAAUCAAAC